UAUACACUCUAGUAUAUUCCCGUAAGUGAAAGUGUUUUUUUGAUAUACAUAUAUUACAUUAGCGUUACGAGGAGUGUUCAAAUAAAUAACAAAACAAUUUACCAAAUAACGAAAAACAUAAAGUAUAUAAAAUUAACAAUUCACCGUAAUUGUUGUUGUUGUUGGACUUCCGGCGGCUUGUUGUCCACUUAUUUCAGCCACCAGGAUAAUUGGAUUCGAAAUUAAGGAUCGCAUUACUAAUGAAGUUUACUGGUAAUUAACACGAUUCAAUAGAUUUAAUUUAAGCUUCUCAUUAUCAACGCUGUAGGUACCUAAGCGUAGAAACAUCGCAAAAAUAUUUCAAAAUUCUUCUCUACAUACGAAAACAAGAUAUAGAGACACUCUGUACAGUCCAAAAAAAUUGCAACAAAAACACAACGAAUUAAUUUUCGCUAAUUCCCUUCCAAAUUACAUCAUUACAUGACCUAUUCCUCCUAAAUUAUAAUAGACAUCCGGUCCCAAAUUUCCAGGUAAAUUUGCAAGUUUUUUUUCACUUUGUGCGCUACUGCAUGAAAUAUCAAGGAUCAUCAUUAAACGUUAUCAUUACAUAAUGGGACUAUACAUGGAAAAUCGCAUUUAAAUACGAUUAGCCCGCGUCGAUUUCCCAUCAUUCGUUGUCGAAGAACCACCAACAAUGGACCGAUUCCUCCUCAUCGUCGCCAUCGCGGCCUGUCUCUCGCUCGAAGCCCACUGCGAUCCGGUGGACAAAGCCAACGUCACGGUGAAGGAGUUCUGCAUCAAAGACACGAAGAUAUCGCCGGAGAAGGUGAAGCAAAUCGAGGACGACUCCCUGGAGGAGGCCGACGAGGAGGCCUACUGCUAUUUGCACUGCCUGUUCGUCGAGCUCGAGCUGAUCGACUCCAAGGGCCAGCUCAACGUGAAGGCGGUGAUGGAGGAGUUCAAGGACUUCGACGAGGCCUGCUUGAAGAAGGUGCCCAAGAUCACCCAGUGCACCGACAUGGCCGCCUUGGACGAAUGCGGGGAGGAUUAGAACGCCGGGACAACCUGUAGUUUUCGUAGGGGUCUCGAUAUUGUGAUGAGUAUAAACAAUAUAUAGUGUUGAUUUUAA